CUGCAAGGCUGGGUGAGAAGAGACUGCAGGCAGCUGGCCUUCCUUGAAGCACUGCCAUGAACCACUUCCAGGCCAUUCUGGCUCAGGUACAGACACUGCUCUCCGGCCAGCAACCCAGGCAGGUUCAGGCCCUCCUAGAUGGCCUGCUGGAAGAAGAGCUGCUCUCCCCCGAAUACCACUGUGCCCUGCUCCGUGAGCCUGAUGUUGAGGCUCUGGCCCGCAAGAUUUCUUUGACCCUGCUGGAGAAAGAGGACUUAGGCUUGGCUUGCUCAAGCUGGGUCCGCAGCAAGCUACAGGCCUUGGCAGUAGAGAGGGCCACCAGCUACAGGGAUCAUGGAGGCCAUAGUCUGUGUGCCACCAUGGAACUGGGGUUUCCAGAGGGCAGCUACCUGGAGCUCCUUAACAGCAAUGCUGACCCCCUACACCUCUACCACUCCUUUGACCAUAUGGACCUGCCUAGGGAGGAGGAGACCGAGCUCAGCUCAGAGCCGGACACAGACACCAUCAACUGUGACCAGUUCAGCAAGCUGUUGCAAGACAUAGAAGGGGAUGAAGAGACCCGGGAGGCCUAUGCCAACAUUGCGGAGCUGGAUCAGUACGUGUUCCAGGACACCCAGCUGGAGGGCCUCAGCAAGGACCUCUUCAUAGAGCACAUUGGAGCAGAGGAAGGCUUCAGUGAGAGCAUGGAGGUCCCUGUAGAAGCAGGACAGAGGACCCAGAAGAGACGCUCCCCAGAAGAGCACCCUAUGGACCUAAAGCACAGGAAGCUUGCUGAACCCUCUAUGGUGCCCAUGCUGACCGGGAGCUUCCUGAUGGGGCCAGCAAGCCUCUCCACCAUGCCCUACCUACCACCUGCUCUGUCCAAUCAAAAGCCAGUGUCCAGCCAUAUACACCUAGAAGGAGCUACUCAGACAUCUGUGCCCCCCUCUAGGUCCUCACUGACCUGUUUGGAUCUCCCCAUUGGACACAUCCAGCUCCUUCCCACUCUGCCCCAGGGACUUUGGCAAAUCUCAGGGACUGGCACAGGGCUCCCCAGUGUUCUGAUCUACCAUGGUGAGAUGUCCCAGGUCAAUCAGGCAGUCCCUUCAGGCAGCCCUACUGUCUCCAGCCUCCCCAAAUGCCCAGAUCGGCCGUGCUCCACCAGCCCCUUUGCACCAUCUGAGGCUGACCUGCCCAGCAUGCCCGAACCUGCACUGACCUCCCGUAUAAAUGAGGCUGAGGACACAACAUCCCCCUCCCCAUGCCAAGAGGGUUCCGAGUCUUCCAUCAAGCUCCCAAAAUGGCCAGAGUCUGUGGAGCGGUUCCAGCACUCUCUGAAGGACAAGUACCUGGUGGAGCCAGAGAACUUGAGCUGUCCCCUGGUAGCCGUGGAGCUGGUGCGGGGCAGGUUGGAGAGAGGUAGCAACAAGAGCCAGGAAAGAGAGCUAGCCACUCCAGAUUGGACAGAGCGCCAGCUAGCCCAUGGUGGCCUGGCUGAGGUGCUUCAGGCUGUUGUCGAUCGCCGGCGGCUGCGAGAGACACAGGUGGUUGCUGUGCUGGGCAAGGCCGGCCAAGGCAAGAGCCACUGGGCCCAGAUGGUGAGUCAGGCCUGGGCCCGUGGCCAGUUGCCACAAUAUGACUUUGUCUUCUAUGUCCCUUGUCACUGCUUGUAUCAUCCAGGGGACACCUUCCACCUGCAGGAUCUGCUCUGUCCCCCAAGCCUGCAGCCACUGGUCAUGGAUGACGAGGUUUUAGGUCACAUUGUGAGGCAACCACACCGGGUCCUGCUUAUUCUAGAUGCUUUUGAGGAGCUGGAGGCCCAAGAUGGCCUCCUGCAUGGACCUCUGCCCCCAGAGCCCUGCUCCUUCCGGGGACUGCUAGCGGGGCUUUUCCAGCGGAAGCUGCUGCGUGGCUGUACCCUGCUCCUCACAGCCCGUCCCCGGGGCCGCCUGACUCAGAGCCUGAGCAAGGCAGAUGCUAUCUUUGAGGUGCCCAGUUUCUCUACUAAACAGGCCCAGACUUACAUGAGACAUUACUUUGAAAACUCAGGGACAACAGGGGACAAAGACAAGGCCCUGGGACUCCUGGAAGGUCAACCUUUUCUCCUCACCCAUAGUCACAGCCCUGCUCUGUGCAGGGCCGUGUGCCAGCUCUCCAAGGCCCUGCUAGAACAGGGCACAGAGACCCAGCUGCCUUGUACACUUACAGGACUCUAUGUCGGUCUGCUAGGCCCUGCAAUCCAAGACAGUCCUCCGGGGGCCUUAGCUGAGCUGGCCAAGCUGGCCUGGGAGCUGGGCCGUAAACACCAAAGCACCUUGCAAGAGACUAAGUUACUAUCAGUUGAGGUGAAGACUUGGGCAGUGACCCAAGGCUUGGUGCAGCCCACCCUGGGCACCACAGAGACCCAGCUGGCCUUCUCCAGUUUUCUGCUACAGUGUUUCCUGGGUGCUGUGUGGCUGGCUCAGUGUAAUGAAAUCAGAGACAAGGAGCUGCCACAGUAUCUGGCCUUGACACCAAGAAAGAAGAGACCCUAUGACAACUGGCUGGAGGGUGUACCACGCUUUCUGACUGGAUUGGUUUUCCAGCCUCAAGCCCACUGCCUGGGAGCUGUGGUGGAGCCUGCAGUGGCAGACAGAAAACGGAAGGUUCUUACCAGGUACCUGAAGCGCCUGCAGCUGCAGUCGCUGCGGGCUGGGCGACUGCUGGAGCUGCUGCAUUGUGCCCAUGAGACACAGGAACCUGGGAUUUGGGAGCAUGUGGCCCACCAGCUCCCGGGGCACCUCUCCUUCCUGGGCACCCGGCUCACACCACCAGAUGUGCACAUGCUGGGCAGGGCCCUGCAGACGGCAAGCCAGGACUUCUCCCUAGACCUUCGUCAGACUGGCAUUGAGCCCUCUGGACUGGGGAACCUCGUGGGACUCAGCUGUGUCACCAGUUUCAGGGCUGCCUUGAGUGACACAAUGGUGCUAUGGGAGUCCCUACGACAGCAGGGAGAGCCCCAGUUACUCCAGGCAGCAGAGGAGAAGUUCACCAUUGAGCCAUUCAAGGCCAAGUCCCCAAAGGACGUGGAAGACCUGGACCGCCUCGUUCAGACACAGAGGCUAAGAAACCCCUCGGAGGAUGCAGCUCUGGAUCUUCCUGCCAUCCAGGACCUUAAGAAGUUAGAGUUUGCGUUGGGUCCGGUCCUGGGCCCCCAGGCUUUCCCCACACUGGUAAAGAUCCUUCCGGAAUUCUCGUCCCUGCAGCACCUAGACCUGGACUCACUUAGUGAGAACAAGAUCGGGGAUGAGGGUGUGUUGAAGCUCUCAGCAACCUUUCCUCAGCUCAAGGUCCUGGAAACACUAAACCUGUCCCAGAACAGCAUCACUGAUGUGGGUGCCUGCAAGCUUGCAGAAGCCCUGCCGGCCCUAGCCAAGUCCCUCCUAAGGCUGAGCUUGUACAAUAACUGCAUCUGUGACGCAGGAGCCAAGAGCCUGGCACAAGUGCUUCCAGACAUGGUGUCUCUGCGGGUGAUGGAUGUCCAGUUCAACAAGUUCACAGCUGCCGGUGCCCAGCAGCUGGCCUCCAGCCUUCAGAAGUGUCCUCAAGUGGAAACGCUGGCAAUGUGGACACCCACUAUCCCCUUUGGGGUUCAGGAACACUUGCAGCAGCUGGAUGCCCGGAUCAGCCUGAGAUGACCCUGCUGUGCCCUGGACAAGCAUGUGCUCUGGGACACUGACCACACUGGACCUUGUACUGGGUACUGUGCACUCAGCUCUUCUGUGGGCCAUAGGCCAUGAGUCGACCUCCAGUCACCCUGCCCCUGCAGGCUCAGAGUUGGACUCUGCCUAGAUGAGGAGUGGACAUAUGUCUUGGUCUUCUACAGGCCCCACGAGCAGCUGCAGGCUUUUACAGAGCCAGGUAGGAAGCCAGCCCUUCAGUGACUGUGAGCCCUGGCAGAUGGGCCUGGAGCUGCCUUCAGUGGGUUCACCAGGAGGCAGAGGGCCUUCUCUUUGACAGGCCAGGCCAGCAUGAGGAACUGAAAUAGCCAAGCGCCUACCUGACAAGGCCAGGGCCAGCCUGGUGAGAAGGUACUUCUUCCCUGCCACUCCGACAGGGACUGCUGGGCGCUCUGAAGACACUAGGGUGGCUCUGGCCUGCAGACUUCUAAAUGGGACAGGGAAUCUUUGGCAGCUCUUUCUACUUGUGGCUCUGUUUCCACAAACUUUCAGUCAAGGCUGAGUCAGGCCUGGCUGAGACCAUGGACAUGAACCAAGAGCCAGGCAGUGGUAGACUACAGAACAGGAAGGCUGCAGCUGGGGAGCUGCUCUGCCUUCUCCACACACUCACUACAUUUUAAAUGCAUCAGCUACUUUCACUGAGGCUCUGGGGUUUGGUUAAUCCCACAAAUUCCAUCUGGGGAUACCUUCUAUUCUAGUUAUCUAAUGCAAAAGAAACCACCCAAACCACAAUAACUUAAAACAGCCCAUACUUCUAUUCUGCCCUGACCCCUGCCAUUUGGGCAGGCUCAGAAAAGAUGGCUCGCCUGCCACCAACCCUCUGAGUCAAUUGGGGCAGCUAGAAGCUGGGCUGGAAUCAUCUGAAGGCUUUUUCACUCAUAUCUGCCAUAUGACAUGAGUCGCUGGCUGGGAGCCCUGAGUUCUUAAUGGGACAGCUGGCUGGGGACUUCUCCAAGGGGAUCUGGUUUGCCUUUCUCCUAGCACUGUGUUUGUAUUAUAGGGUGACUACUCAGUGAGGAGACACAGGCCAGCAAGACUGUGCUCUGCUCAUCACAGCCCCUGAGGCAGCAUAGCAUUGUGUCCACCACACCCUGAAGCGCAGAGCAUGCCCUGAGCCUAUGUGCACACCAGACAGUCCAGCUCUGCCCAGGUCCUGCAUCUUCUGUAAGGAUCUUUGUAACUUCUAAGAUUCAGUGAAAAGCUAUUAUUCACAGGUCUGAGGGCUGAAGCAGUGACCACUGUACAAGGGAAGUGUUCUCUUCUACUGCCCUGCUGCAUCCUGGGAGCAGUUCUGCAGCCAAGUAUUUUGGCCUUAGCUGCAGCUAGGCAAAAGGGGCAGGCAGCACCAGUACUGCUGUUCUUGUUUCCCCUGGGGCACCACCUUUGAGGUCAGGCACCAUUGAUCCCUCCAUCAGGACAGUGACAGCUUGCUUUCUUGCCUUGGCACAGGGAGCACCUGUAUGGCUCCAGCAUGCCAGCCCUGAUGCCAAUAGGACUGGCCCACAUCCCAGUAAGUGGGAACUGGGCUAGAGGGGGCUAUCUGCAGGGCUGCUUGGG